CCCUGGUCCUGUCCGCUUUUCUUAUCCACUUUCCCUGCACCUCUAAACUGUAUCCCAGCGCGCUCACUCUCAGGUGGAUCCAUGGCAGACACCAGCAACACCGAGAAGGUUCAGCUGCACGCCCCAGAUCUAGAAGAGCUGCGUGGCGUAUUACAAGCAGGACUGGAAACUAACUUUGCUGAAGUUGAAGUGAGUGUUGUGGAGUGUCCGGAUCUCACCAAAGAACCCUUCCAGUUUCCUGUCAAAGGCUUGUGUGGAAGCCCUCGCAUCACUGAUGUUGGUGGUGUGCCAUAUCUGGUGCCUCUGGUCAGAAAGGAAAAGGAAUACAACAUGAACACUGUAUCAAAGGAGCUGGAACUUCCGGGCGCUUUCAUCCUCGGUGCAGCAGCUGCUCCCAAUAGAUUAGUUGGAAUGAAUGCAGAGCUGAUGCCUCUGGUUCUGACCGAGGCAGGGGGAAGGCCCGCAGUGAACAGCAGCUACUUCUCCUCCAUCAAUCCAGCUGAUGGCCAGUGUCUGCUAGAAAAAUACAGCGACAAGUUCACAGACUGCAACUUUGGGCUGCUGGGAAAUCUGUACGCUUGUGAAGGGAAACCUGGAAAGGUCAUAGAGGUUCAGGCAAAGAGGAGAACAGGAAGUCACAGUCUGGUGACGGCCUUGCGGACGAGCCUUGAAGCUCAUUACCCUGAUAAAAGUCUGGCCCUGGGAGGCACCUUCAUCAUCCAGAAAGGGAAGGCUAAAAUCCACAUCAUGCCAAGAGAGUUCUCAGUCUGCCCCCUCAACACCAGCGAUGACGUCAACAACUGGCUCAAGCACUUUGAGGUCAGCGCUCCACUCAUCUGCCAGUCGGUGCUCGUAUCCAGAGACCCUGGCCUGGACCUGCGUGUGGAACACACCCACUGCUUCAGUCACCACGGAGAAGGUGGCCACUACUACAUAGACACUACACCUGACAGUGUGGAGUAUCUGGGCUACUUCAUGCCUGCAGAGUUUGUCUACCGCAUCGACAGGCCGAAGGAGACCCACGGAGUCGGACGAGAUUGAAAAACUGCAUAAAACAUGUUGGCAGCGCAGAAUCGUCUGAUAAUCUAAACUGAGACGACUCAUUGAUUCAUUUAAAGCAUGUUACAUUUCAUACAUAAAAAAAUCACUUUACAUGAAUCAAUAAAAUAAAAGAAUCCCAAUGAAGUGAUCUGAAUUGUGUGAAGAAAAAAACAGUGACAUCACAACACUGAUGUACUUUGGACCUUGGCCUACAUUAAUGCUUGCCGACUCUACUGCAAUCAAAAGAAGUUGUGUAACGUGUUGCAGGCUAGACUGUUGCAGUAGGUAAAGCUGCUUAGAGAAAGCUAGCUUUUUAAAAACCUCCAUGGCCAACCUGCCCACACCCUGGAUUCACGUAUGAUUAGGCCUCUUGUGGGUGUGUGCACAAUGUGCUUGAUUAAUAUCCACCUCACAUCGCUUUCUUAUACUUCGACUUGCUGAAACAGGGUAGAAUAGCAGUGCUGGUGCUUAGAAAGACAAGUGGUGUAAGUGUAUAACUGUGUACACCUAACCAGUGACAUUGUUUUAACGUAAAUCAGAUUUUAGUGUUUUAAAUCCGUCUUGUGUCAUUUCAAAUAAAUCUUUCCUCAGCAGAAAACUGUCACAGCAAAAUCGAUGGAAAGAUGUGUUACUUGUAAAGAACUUUGUCAUUUAAUUAAUAAACCAAGACAAUGA